GUAUUAUGAUGCUGUAGAUGCCAAAAAGGAUCGAGCUAGCAAGCAUUCCCAGACCUUUGGGGCCAAACAGCCAAUGCAUCUAGGAGCUGGGCCAGGCCAGGACAAGAACAUCUGGCUGUCCCUCAUUGACAUGCUGCGCAAGAAGGACCAACUGCCGGUGGUCGCCUUCACGUUCUCUCGCAAUCGCUGUGACGAAAACGCCUCCAUGCUAACCACUGUUGAUCUGACCACAACGACUGAGAAAAGCGAGAUUCACAUCUUCUUCCAGAAGUGCAUCUCCCGAUUGAAGGGCCUUGUCAAGAUCCUCUUUGCCACAGAGACUUUCGCCAUGGGGGUGAACAUGCCAGCAAGGACUGUGGUUUUCAAUUCAGUUCGUAAACAUGAUGGUGCUAAUUUCCGGGACCUGGUGCCAGCCGAAUACAUCCAGAUGGCAGGCCGGGCAGGGCGUCGAGGUCUUGACACCACCGGGAUGGUGAUUAUCCUGUGCAAAAACCAAGUGCCUGAAAUGGCUGACCUUCAUCGCAUGAUGUUGGGCAAGCCUACUCAGUUGCAGUCUCAGUUCCGCCUGACUUACACUAUGAUCCUAAACCUGUUGAGAGUGGAGGCACUCCGAGUGGAAGAUAUGAUGAAGAGAAGCUUCUCCGAGUUCCACACCCGGAAGGACAGCAAGGUCUAUGAACACAGAAUCACCCAGCUGAGUAGCAUGUUGGCCAGCAUGGAAGUCCCAGACACAUCAAGACAGCUUGGUGACUUACAAGAGUAUUAUUCUGUAGUCAGAGAACUGCAAGAGAUACGGGAGCGCAUACAGAGGCGAGUAAUGGAAUCGGUGAAUGGACUGAAAGCCCUUUCUGUGGGGCGAGUGAUUGUGGUGAACCACCAAGAGCACAAGAAUGCCCUGGGAAUGAUCUUGCAGGUUUCUUCAGACUCAGCCAAUCGGGUCUUCAGCACUUUGGUGAUGUGUGAGAAGAACUCCAUGGAGCGGGACUUGGCUGAAGAACGGGAGUUGAAUCCUGCUGCUGCUGCUGAAGUGCCUCUGCCUGAGGAUCUUCUGCACAUGAAGCUCUUCCUUCCUGAAGGCCCCUGUGGACAUACCAUAAAGAAGCUGGGCCCAGCAGAUAUUCUGGGAAUCACAACAAAAACCCUUCGUGUUAAUGCCGAGCGUAUCCUGGAGGAUUUCAGGAAACGACAAAUGCCCAGGUUCAGGAAUGACCCACCUGGGCCAUCGGCAGCCACAGCAACUCAGGAGCUGCUGCGUUUAGCUGAGGGCGCUCAGGAAGGCCUCCCACUUCUGGAUCCCGUGAACGACCUUCAGCUGAAGAAUCUGGAGGUGGUAGAGAGCACGAUCCGGGCCCGUGGUCUGGAGGAACUGUUGCCAGGGUUCCAGUGUGUGCACAGCCCCCUCUUCCACAUGGAGUUUGUACGCUUCCGAGAGCGCCAACAGGUGUUGGAGGAACUAGAGCGGCUGCGCUACCUGUUGUCAGACCAGUCCCUUCUCUUGCUGCCUGAGUAUCACCAGCGUGUCGAAGUCUUGCGUUCCCUGGGCUACAUCAACGAAGGAGGAGCCGUGGAGCUCAAGGGGAGCGUGGCCCGUCAGAUCAGCAACCAUGAGUUGCUCCUGACGCAGCUGCUUCUGGACAAUGCCCUGACCGACCUGCGGCCAGAGGAGAUCGUGGCCUUACUGAGCUGCACAGUGUGCCAGGUCCGCACCCAAGUGGAGCCCCAGCUCCCCUCUGUCCUUCAGAAGGGCAUACAGCACAUCCGGUCGGUGGCCGAAGAGAUCGCCCUGCUGCAGCGCAAGUGUGGCCUGCAAGAAUCGGUUGAGGAUUUUGUGGAGCAGUACAAAUUUGGGCUGGUGGAAGUGGUUUACGAAUGGGCCCGUGGCAUGCCCUUUGCCGAGAUCGCCCGCCUGACAGACGUGCAGGAAGGCAUCAUCGUCCGCUGCAUUCAGCGCCUGGAUGAAACCUGUCGCGAGAUGCGCAACGCCGCCCGGGUGACAGGGGAGCCGACCCUGCACGCAAAGAUGGAAGCUGCCUCCAACAUGAUCAAGAGAGACAUUGUCUUUGCUGCUAGUCUCUACACCCAGUGAGUGGAGAUGCUGGCUGGACCGGAUCCCUUUUGACAUCCUGGAAACUUCUCUCUCUUAUUCUGACCUCUAAGAGGUUACAAUGCGUCUUCAGAUAUAAACAAUAAAAAUAUGCACUUGGGCCAAACAAGGGGAGUUGGUGGCACAUCCUUAGGUAGCAAAGGAUGAAGGCCUGAUAGGCUGACACCUCCUUUGCCGGAAGGAACGAUGCUCCAUCCUGUCUCCUGUCUGCUGGCCCCUUUCCUCUGAUAACUGGAUUGACGCUAGGUCCGGCGUGUUUAACCAGAAGCCGCUGGUUAGCUUGUACUUCUCCCAAAAAAUCCCAUAGUUCUGCACUGAGGCAAAACAUAAAAUAUAGAAGGGGGCAACGGGGAGAGGUAUCUGACUUAACAAAAAUACCUGUGAGAAGGGACUGGAGUUUAGUUGAUCCCAGGCAGAACGUGAGCCAGCAGUGUGUUGCAGCAAAAGGUGUGGGGGGGGGGGGAACUUGUGUGAGUUCAGAACGUAUUAAAAGAAUUCUACAUUCUAAGACUUAA